CUACCAAUGAGACAUCGACGACAUCACAGAUCAAUGAAGGUCAAAAUAUGGCAUAUGGCCGGUUGUAGAACGUAAUGCACUAUUAAUUAGAUAACAUCUUAGAUCGUCUAGAUGAUUUUUUAGUUAAGUUGGCAAAUUGUAGUAUUCUUCAGUACAAUGGAUUUUUUACAUCAGGUUGCUAAUAAUUCUAUUUUAAAAUUCCCUUCACCCUUCAACUGUAAAAUAUGUAAUCGGCCGGCACAUGGUCAUCAUUGUGACGUGGCAACUUGUAAGGGCUGCAAAACGUUUUUCCGUCGGAUGUAUUUAUUGAAAUCUGAGCUACGGUGCUAUAUAAAUAGUGACUGUUUUGAUUUAGACAAGAGAACUGAACCACUUCUUCGUUGUCGAGCUUGCCGCUUCAAAAAAUGUCUUUUAGUUGGAAUGAACCCAAAUGCUUUAAAUUUUCGAACAACUAAAAACUUGACUCAAAGCUUAAAAAACUCCAAAGAAGAGAAAAUUAAAGAUGUGAUUAACGAGCUAACCUAUUUGGAUUGCAAACUUGAGCAAUUCAGACUAUCGGCUUAUAACCCAAAUUGGACCGAAAUUGGAGGACUGGAAGAUUUGUUACGUUGCUCCAGCAAACUGAGCCUUUCUAAUAAAUUUGGGCCUUUCCCUGGAUGGCCUUACCACCCAAAUCAUAUUUUUGCUAGCUCAAAUUUGGAUUAUAAUUUCAAAACUUAUUCACCUCAUAGAAAACAGUGGAGAUUUUUCAAUUUGCUCACAUCAAUCGAAUUCUUGAAAACCUUCCCAUUUUUUCUAAAACUUGACACAAAGGACCAGUUGAUCUUGAUGAGGCAUGUUGUAGUUGGUUGUUCAAAUUUACAUUCUGCAUAUUACACAUUGAAAAAUAAAUAUGAAGAUCUUCGCCAACCGGAUGGCACUCAACGACCCAAAAAAUCUGAACCCCAGUAUUCUACAUUUGCAAUGGUGUUUUAUGCUCUGAUGAGAGUUGGAGUUCACUACAUUGAAUACUUAUUGCUCAAAAUGAUAUUCAUCUGUAAUCCAGCGAUUCCCAAUCUGUCAAGCAACGCUCAAUACAAACUAGAAAAAGGUCGAAGUUUUUACUCUGAAAUGUUGCUGGUUUACUGUCUUCAAAGUUUGAAUUCCAGCGGCCCAACUCGAUAUGUAGAUCUGAUUGGAGUUAUUGCUACUCUGGAAAAGCAGCAGAAACUACUGAAAGAUCUUCAUGUUUGUCUCCUUGCUCCAAUGUUGUCAAUUCUUCCAAAAGAAUUCAGCAGGAGUUUGAUGUAUGAAAUGAUUUUUAGUUAAGAUUUUCGAAUUGCAAUUUUGAGAAAGAUCUAAUGAAACAUUCAAUUGAACUUUAAUUUCAUCCAUAAC